GAGCUUUGCAUCCUUGGAUCAAUCCUCCCUCCAAUGCAGUAGUAUUCAACCCCUCAAGGCAAUUUCGCGCUCUCAGCUAAGUUAGCAGCUGCUUUGCAUCCUCGUUCGCUUCUUACACUUGCACGACCGCUUAAAUCUCCCUUUUCCCCACGAGCCGAUUCUUCGCAUAUACACGCCACUUUUCCCCGUCCGCGUAGCUAGGGCCGCGAUAGCGCCCAUGGCUUCUGCAGUGUCGACAAUGGCAGUACAGUCGGGUCGGUAUAGAAUAUUGAAAGAAGGAUCUAGGGGUUCUGAGGGACAGGUGGGUCCCGUUGUGUACUGGAUGUUUAGAGAUCAACGGGUAAGAGACAAUUGGGCUCUCGUCCACGCCGUUCAUGAGGCUAACAAAGCUAACGUCCCCGUCGCAGUUGUUUUCAAUCUUUUCGACCAGUUUUUGGGUGCUAAAGCCCGCCAUUUGGGGUUUAUGUUGAGAGGUUUACGGCAGUUGUCCCAGGAUAUUCAACAAAAUUUUCAAAUUCCAUUUUUCUUGGUUCGGGGAGAGGCAGAGGACACCAUACCAGAUUUCCUUAGAGAAUUUGGAGCCUCGAUGCUGGUAACAGACUUCUCCCCCUUGCGAGAAGUGCGGAGGUGCAAAGCGGCUAUAUGCAAGAGGGUAAGCGAAUUAGUCACAAUACAUGAAGUUGAUGCUCACAACGUAGUUCCCCUUUGGGUAGCGUCGGAGAAGUUGGAGUACAGUGCUAAGACCAUAAGAGGAAAGAUAACCAAAAGGCUUUCUGAGUAUCUGAUUGAUUUUCCUACAAUGGAGCCACCGACUAGCAAAUGGAUCGGCAGGAACCAAUUGAUCGAUUGGGACGACCUCAUUGCUGAAGUGUUGAGAAUUGGAGCAGAGGUUCCCGAGUUACAUUGGUGUGAACCCGGGGAAAUUGCAGCGAUGGAAGUAUUAAUGGGCAGUAAAAAUGGAUUCUUGACAAAAAGGUUGAAAAAUUAUUCCAAAGACCGGAAUGAUCCAUCCAAACCCAGCGGUCUUUCUGGUCUAUCUCCCUAUUUACAUUUUGGACAAAUUUCUGCUCAACGCUGUGCCCUAGAAGCACAGAAGCUGCGAAAAUCAUAUCCUCAGGCAAUUGAAGCUUUCUUGGAAGAGUUGAUUGUGCGGAGAGAACUCGCUGAUAACUUUUGCUACUAUCAGCCACAUUAUGAUUCACUGCAGGGAGCAUGGGAAUGGGCUCGCAAGACCUUAUUAGACCAUGCCAAUGAUAAACGAGAACAUAUUUACUCGAGGGAGGUACUAGAGAAAGCACGAACUGCAGAUCCUCUCUGGAAUGCUUCGCAGAAGGAGAUGGUUUACCAUGGAAAAAUGCAUGGUUUUAUGCGAAUGUAUUGGGCAAAGAAGAUACUUGAGUGGACAAGAGGACCUGAAGAGGCCCUCGAGACAUGCAUAUAUUUAAAUGAUAAGUACGAAAUAGAUGGGAGAGACCCAAACGGGUAUGUUGGCUGCAUGUGGUCGAUAUGCGGGGUCCAUGAUCAGGGGUGGCGAGAGCGACCAAUAUUUGGGAAAAUCCGAUACAUGAAUUAUGCGGGAUGCAACAGAAAAUUCGAUGUUGACAAAUAUAUGGCGUAUGUUACUAAGUUAGUUGGUGAAAUAAGAAAGAGAAAGGCUGAAAACUUGCCAUCCGAGAAGGAGAAAGUACAACGCCGUUAGUUUAAUUUGAUUAUGUGAACUCAUAUUUUGUUACGCAUUUAAGGCUGACCGUUAGCAGGAAUGUGCAAAAAAUUGUGCAAUGACCUCUGGAAAAUUCUUAUCUG